CAUGCCCACUACACUGCGCUCACUAGAGUAGUACACUACUCUUAGAAUAUUUUUGCUAAGUGAGAGUGAGGCUGUGAGAGGGAUAAAUAAUUAGGACAACUUCUUUUCUAGUUUUCUACAAAGAAGAAAGGAAAAACAAUGGCUUCUCAUAGUGAAAAGGCUGAGCUUCAAACACCAUUGAUCUCAAUCUCUCAGGACAAAGAUGCUGAAUCCAAAGCAACUUUCACUAGAGAUGAGAUUCUUGCAGAGACUAAGUUGCAAUUGUUCCUCGCAGGUCCGAUGAUGUUUGUCAAUCUUUUGUUGUCUCUCAUACAGACAAUUUCGGUUAUGUUCGUUGGCCACGUUGGAGAACUUGCCCUCUCUGGGGCCUCCAUGGCCACUUCCUUCGCAUCCGUCACCGGUUUCAGCUUACUGGUGGGAAUGGCGUGCGCAUUGGACACAUACUGCGGGCAGGCAUAUGGCGCGAAACAAUACCACAUGCUCGGAAUCCACAUGCAAAGAGCCAUGCUUGUUUUGCUCCUAGUGAGUAUCCCUCUCGCAUGCAUUUGGGCCACGGCGGGUGACAUUCUUCAGUUACUCGGGCAGGAUCCGGCGAUUGCAGCAGAGGCCGGCGCCUAUGCACGUUACAUGAUCCCGUCAAUCUUCCCUUUUGCUCUCCUCCAGUGCCAGUUCAGGUUCUUGCAGACUCAGAACAACGUUGUGCCGAUGAUGCUGACUUCAGGCAUCACGACGUUGCUCCACAUACCGAUUUGCUGGCUCCUGAUCGCCAAGUUUGGACUCGGCAGCAAAGGCGCUGCCCUGGCCAACGGCAUUUCUUACUGGACAAACGACUUGUUCUUGGCCUUGUAUAUUACUCUGUCCCCUGCUUGCAAGCAUACCUGGAGAGGUUUGUCCAAAGAAGCUUUGCAGAAUGUUUCUAAGUUCAUUUGGCUUGCUGUUCCAUCAGCAAUUAUGGUCUGCUUGGAGAUUUGGUCGUACGAGAUUAUGGUUAUCGUGUCAGGCCUUCUCCCGAAUCCCACAUUGGAAACGUCGGUUCUCUCAAUCAGCCUUAAUACCAAUGGCAUGAUUUACAUGAUACCACUCGGCCUAGGAAGUGCGAUAAGUGUACGGGUUGCAAACGAGUUGGGCGCUGGAAGGCCAAAAGGGGCUCGUCUGGCGGUGUUCAUGGCCACGUUUAUGAUCUUGGGCCGGAAGAUCUGGGGAUACUGUUUCAGCAGUGAGACAGAUGUGGUCUCAUACGUUUCUGAUAUGAUGAUACUGAUUGCCAUAGUCAAUUUGGCAGACGGGGUUCUCUCCGUUCUCAACGGCAUCGCAAGAGGGUGUGGUUGGCAAAAAAUUGGCGCCAUCGUUAACUUGGGGUCGUUUUACAUCAUCGGUAUCCCCCUCGGUGUAGUCCUGGCAUUUGUGUUGCACCUUGGAGGAAAGGGCCUCUGGAUCGGAAUCAUAGCUGCAGUUUUCGCCCAAACAUUUUUCCUGUCAAUCAUAACCAUCCGGACUAACUGGGAAACGGAGGCAAGGAAGGCUUCAGCCAGAGUUUUCGACUCAACAAUCCCAGUGGUAGCAUAGUGUCUAAAAGGUGGUGAAAUAAAGAAAGCUCCUUUUACCCCCAGCGGUGCUGUGUGGAAAGCAGGUCAGCUGAUAAAGCAAAUCACUGCUGCUCUUUGGGCCAAACGGAGAGAUGUUCUGAAAAGAGCUAUGCAGAAUUAAUGUCCUCUCGGUCUUAUCAAACUUUCUGUACACAUUUUGCUAUUAUUUGUGAGAUUUAUGUACUUGAAUAUUUAAUUAGCAUUUUUACUUUAUUUGUUGUACGUUGUAAUGUAGAUCAAAAUAAUGUUCUAUAUAUGUACGUGAGUUGAUAUGUUACUAACUAGUUAUUUGAAUA